CAUCCUCCAGUGAAGCAUGAUGCAAGCAACACAAAUUAAUGGCCUUGACUUCACAAAACAACUUGAUAGACAUUUAUUUUACUAGCUAGUAGCAGAAGACCAUGAAGAUCUCUACCGUCUUUGCUUGCCUUCUUGCCAUUUCUGGCCAUGCUCAUGCCGCUGGAAUCCGCAGCCUUCAGGACUGCCCUCCUGUUGGAACUGGUGUCGCUUGCACUGCUGAUAUUAACCCCGUGGAAUGUGGAGACUUGAAAUGCAAGUAUGACAAUGACUGCCUUGCCAAUUCGGCUGGAUUCGCGGCAACGCAGUGUAAUCCAGUUUCACAGUGCCCUCCUGUUGGAACUGGUGUUGCUUGUACUGCUGAUAUUAACCCCGUGGAAUGUGGCGAUAUGAAAUGCAGGUAUGAUAAUGACUGUCUUGCUAAUUCGGCUGGAUUCGCCGCGACCCAGUGCAAUGCACCACCCGUGCCAUGCAAUCCUACAACUACAAACGAUUGCUCCACACCUCCGACAACACCGCCACCUCCUCCAUGCAACCCCACUACCACAGGCGACUGUGCAACUGCCGCCGAUACGGGAACUCCCGCUCCUCUUGAAAACAGCGCUGCCGAGAAUGCAGCAAUGUUCGGAGGCUGGACCGCUGGAGCGUUGAUGAUGAUGUACAUGAUGUAAGAAAGUAGACAUGCAGGAAGCCAACUUGGAGAACUUGAUUGGUAAUAUCAUAAAAGUAUAUAGAGAGAACAUUUUUUCUCUGUAGGGUGUGUGGCAGUGUUUAUGACGUGCUUACUGGUAGUGCUGUGACCUUCCAUACUAGUAAUAGAACCAAAGGGUUUUCAACCGUACGCGCAGUUGUUGCUUCAUUUAGCACUGCUGACUCUGUUUUGGCUAAGCUUCUGAAGAGCAACUUUGGGAACUGCAGUGGAGUGUUAUUGGAGCAUAUUUUGACGUUGUUGCCGUUGUUUGAGUGCAAGUCUCAACAUCUGUGUGUUGUUCAUCUGAGUACACAAUGCACAAGGAGUUAGUUCAUCAAUAGCCAUGGUGAAAUUAGAUGUUGGGUGGAGUUGCGCUUACUAGACUAAUGCUUCAGUGAGCAAUCCAAUGAAGCUAUCACAAUGCAACAUUGACAUUCUAUAAAUACCGGGCAACACUCCAACAACGCUAAUAACGCUCAGGCUCAGCGUUGCAUCAACCACACAGCCAACAACGCCAAAGCAAAAUGGCGUUGGCGGUGGUUCUGCACACAUUCAAUCAACCACGGCACCAUGGCUAGCUUCCUCUGACAGCUCGCUCACGGUGCGGCAGAUUACUAGUACACUGUACAGUUGUACUCGUACCACCAUACUACGCUGUACUACUCUA